AUGAUCUUUGCGCAGCGCCUCGCUCUGCUGCUGCUCGGCGUCUCCCUCAUCCACACGCCGUACCAGGACACACACAGGUUAAACACGGAGGUGGCAGCCAUUUAUCUGCUGCCUGAAAAACGGUUGAUGGGAGGUUUCCUUUCUGCUGGCUGUACUGGGAGAUGGAGCGAGCCAGAGGAGAGUGUCAGACACAACUACAGCAGCAGACGCCAGGCGCUGAAGACUGAACUGUUUCUGUUUCUGUCAGGUAACCUGAGCAGGAACUGCACGGAGGAAGGCUGGUCGUCGGUUUAUCCUGACAUCGGCUUCGCCUGCUCAUCGGACGUCAGCGACAAACCCAAAGAGCUGGUCUUCUACAGAGUGGUCCACAUCCUGUCCACUCUGGGUCACAGCCUGUCGCUCGGCGCUCUGAUCACCAGCACCGCCAUCAUCUGCUCCUUCAGGAGGCUCCACUGCAUGAGGAACUACAUCCAUCUGAACCUGUUUGUGUCCUUCAUGCUGCGAGCCGUGGCCGUGCUGACCAAAGACACACUGCUCUUCUCAGAGGACCAGAGCACCGACUGCAGCACACAGCCGUCUCUGGUGGGCUGUAAGGCCAGCCUGGUUUUCUUCAACUACUUCGUCAUGGCGAACUUCUUCUGGCUGCUGGUGGAGGGUCUGUACCUGCACAUGCUGCUGCUGGUCAUCUGGACCUACUGCGGCCACCUCUCCGUCUACAUGCUGAUUGGCUGGGGAAUCCCGUCUGUCUUCACCGUGGCCUGGAUCGUCAGCCGGAUCAACCUGGAGGACACCAGGUGCUGGGAGAUAAACGACAACCCUGUUCCUGACCGGCUGAUCAACUGGCCCAUCAUGGCGUCCGUCAUCAUAAACUUCCUGCUGUUCAUCAGCAUCAUUCGGAUCCUGGUGCAGAAACUACGCAGCUCACACAUCGGAGGAAACGACCAAUCACAGUACAGGCGCCUGGCCAAGUCCACGCUGCUGCUGAUCCCUCUGUUCGGAAUAAACUACGUAGUUUUCUUCUACCUGAUGGAGCCGGACGAUGAAACGCUGAAGCGGAUCAAGAUCUUCUUCGAUCUCGGCCUUGGCUCCUUCCAGGGCCUCAUCGUCGCCGUCCUCUACUGCUUCCUCAACAGCGAGGUUCAGGUGGAGCUGCGUAGAACAUGGAGGAGUUUAACGACGAAGGACUGCGUGUUGCAGGACUACAGGCUCCGCUGCCUGUCAGCCAACCACACCAGCACUCAGUUUCCCAGAAACACCCGGGCCCAGUCCAUCCUGCAGACCGAGACCACCAUGCUCUGACCAGAACCGGCCGGAAACAGCCGGGUUCUGCCACAGCACCCCCAGCUGGGGGAGAAACCACAUGUCAAUCAGAGAGAAACUGACUGGAAGAAAAACCAAGAAAGUGCCAAACAUGGAAACACCGGUUUGCAUUGACCUUUAACCUCGCUGGAACGUUUCCCACCUGGACACUUCAGCUCCCAGCAGAUCCCUCCUCACUUAAUGUCACUGUAAAAAUGUUUGAAAAUGAAUGAAUGUUUAGUUUCAGCAGAAUAAUAUUACAGUAAAAAUAUAGAAAAUUGUAUAAUUCUUAAUGGAGAAGACAAACAAGAUCUAUAAUUUGUAUCUUUUCCAACACAAGUAGAGAAACAGCUGCUCCUCUGGAGCUUCAUAUCUGCAGAAGGAGCGAUUAUUAAACGUGAGAGAAGGCUGGAGGAGGAGCGAGGUUACGGAGGAUGAAACCUGCCCCAGCACCGGGCGGAGCGCGCAGUCAGACUGAUCUGAGCUCAUACAUCUAUGUGAGGGAAUGAGAGUUUGAUUCGUUUACCUUUAAAUCUCACUCAGUCUGCUCUCGGCUCGUUCAGCUGCACAAAAAUAUGGAAACGGUGAAAAUGUGUUCCACCUGGUGGAACAGAAACCACACAAUGCAAAACUGGGGGAAGGAAACACAUCAGGCAUGGUGGAGGAUGUGUGGUGCUGUGGGCUUGUUUCUCCUUCCAGGUUGAUUGUAAUUCUUGUUUCUGAACAAACGUUUGACUUGAUUCUUUUUUUUAAACCACAGAAUGAAACAAAACUUUACCUUUCAGGUUUAAAUGCUGUAAAUUGUCUCCGAUUCCAGGAUCUUAAAUCGUUUUAUUAAAAAUAUUUUGCUACAUCCAAGAAUUUAAGAAAUCCUCCUCCUAGUGGCCAUUUUAGGUAUUACUGGUGAAAACAGCUCCUGUUAUUGUUUAGCUUCUUAUGCAUUAAAUCCUGUAUCAACCAGCAGCGUUUUAAAAAUUCAGGAUGUAAAAAUCAUGUUUCACAAAAUGAAUUUAAUUUACUGGAAAACAUGAUAGAAAAAUCCUCCAAACUGACAUGAAGUUAUUACGACAUUUAUGCAUCAGAAAUUCAUGGAGCCUGCUUUGUUUAUGACGUCUGUUUGAAUUAUUUUUCAUAAGUUUCAUUUUAAAUGGCUUCAUCUGUGUGUCUGAGGGGCCGAUUAUUACAGGCAGGUUUUAUAUUUUUAUAUCAUUUUUCAAGCCUAUAGAUCAUUUGGAUUUAAAUAAAUGAAUGAAAAUUAUUUUCCUUUGUAAAAUGGACUCUGUUUAUGUUUUUAUCUGCAUUAUAUUAAUCAUGGAUGUAUAAAAAUGUGGAAGCUUUUAGACACAACGUAAACAUCUGGAUUUUUUUUAAAUAAAAACUUAAUAUAAA